AUGUCUGUCUCGUCGCCGGACUCUCCAGCUCCCAAUGCACGGUUCCAUUCCAUGCCGUUGGGCAUGUCAAGCGAGUCACAAUCUCUUCGACCUCAUUCCUUCACGAGGCCGCACUCUGCCCAUCUAAUGAGCCCCAGCAGCGACAUUGUUGGGCCGUCACCAGUCACGUCCAACGGAACCGAAACCACAGAGAUCGAGGAUGAAGAAGUAACAGAGGAUACUGCCUCCGCACAUAAGCCAUCCGGAGUCCAUCCGAUGAUGCUGAGGACGAACAUACCGGAUCAUUUGCGGCAAACUGUGAGCGAGGAGUCUGUCUCUGUCAUCCAUGCGCCUGAGAGCUUCCGGAAUUGGGUGGCCAACGACCCAUCUAAAUCUGCACAACAAGGCGUGAAACCUCCAGGCGUGAUCAGUCCUCCUGCCAGUGAAGCAUCGACGAGGCUUGCCUCUCAGUCUCCUACCAUCACAAGCCCGCCACCGAUUUCUACCGAUAUCCAGCCAGCACGCUUCAGCCUCGACGCUGUCGCCACGCCUCAAGCACAGAAUUUGGAAGACAUCAUAACCGAUUCUGUACGGCUGCGGUCAAGUAGCGCGAGCAGUCUCCACCUGAUUCCUGAGCACGGAGAAGAGGAUCAAGAUUCUGAGGACCAGGAUGAGAUGGAUGACUCCUACGCCAACCCCGGCUUUGAGGUUGAACCCGAGAUUAGGGCGUUGCGGACAGCGCUUGAGGAGUGUUGGACACUUUGCAACACGCUGGCAAAUCUCAGCUCGAUUCACCGAGAGCGUGUCUUUAACAAUUCAGGCACCCCCGAUGCUCACGAGAAAGCUUGGAAAAGCUGCUGGAAACUAUGCCAGCGUCUCUAUCACAGCCGGGAUGAGACUGUUGAAUCAUUCAGCGUCAGGAAAAAUCUGGACCUCUGCCGGGACUUCUGCCAAGCCUUGUUCGAUGUCCGGCAGAGGCAGGAUGAGACUGCUGAUUCGGUUCUACGUGUCAGCUUCGAGUUGAACAACCAUCUUUAUAGUGCCCAGGACAGUCGAAACUUGCCCGACGCUUUCCUGGAAAGGACGCUAGACUUCUACAUAACACUGUGCCACCGACUUAUGAAGCAGCGCAGCGAAUUGGCAGAAGAGACCGACUCCCUGCUGCGAGCUUGUUGGUCUCUCGCCGAAAUGCUGUUCAGUCUGCGCCAGAACAAGAGCGAGGGCAAAGUAGCGGAUGAAGAGCUACUCGGAUCUGCUGUUCAAGCCUGCUGGGAUCUCUGCGACAUCUUCCGCGAGGGCUGGACGCAGGUGCGACCGGACCGGGGGACGCCCAGGCCCAGUCAAGUCAGCUUCUUCGCCUCGGAUGUGCGUUCCAGCACGGGCAGCCGGACUUCGGUCCAGACCAAGAGAGAAAGCUUGAGAAGCCUCCCGGAGGAGCAGCGGUCGCGCAAGCAUGCUCCAACCGUGCCCGAAACCCCCGUCACCGAAUUUGAAGACACGCCCAUCUCCCCCGAGAGCUCCAGCCCACAGAUGCCGAACAUCCUCGUCCUGGGGCCGCCUUCCGAGAGCAAUAGGGGAGGCUCGGGGACCGGAAGAUGGUCGAGCAGCGCAUCACAGCUGUCCGGCUAUUCGCAGAGCAGCGCAAAGACGAGCAGCACUGCUACCACGGCUACCUCUGCAGAAGACGUCAACAUCACCCGUAUCAAGAUCCUCAUCGUCAAAGCCGCCAUGAACAUCGGCUACAAUCGAGACGCCGUCUCCGCCGACGGACACGGGGCCGCAAACUCGCUACAGAGUUUUGUCAAGAGCCUGCCUACGGGCUCAUUCGGCAGCCUUCCAUCCCACGCCACCCUGCUACAGAACUACAAGGACCUCGUGCUGGCAGACAGUUCGUUCCGAACAUCGACGAAGUUGCCCGCCCGGGGCAAGAGGGUCAACUCUGUCGACGUGUCGAAGAGUGUCGGGUACAUGAUCCUCCGAUCUGGCCAGUAUGGCUUCCUUCGCGACCUUUACAAGCUAGUAUUUGGAUUCCCCAUGGAAGAGGCAGAAGGGCGGAAGAACGUCAGUAUUGCUGUCUAG